CAUCAGUCGUGCUAUUUGCUCUGCCCAGGGUAUAAUUAUAUGAUAUCAACAACGCUCAUUAAUUUGCAGCACGAUACCGCUGCUUUUAUCAUCUAGGAAUGGGUUUGUUAUCAAGCGGUAUACAAAACAACAACCUUACAGAAUAACAUAAUAAUGGUUCAUGUGCCGUUCAUAAAGCCUCAGUUCUUUUACCGGCUUUCAGUCGUUCAGUGAUAAAUCACUCUUUAUCGUGUUUUAAGAACUCCUGAAGAUCAAACAUAUAGGAUGCUUUUCGUAGACGAAAGUACCGUAAAGAAAAUCUUAACAUGGGAAAACACAUUCAAAGCAGUGGAAGCAGCUAUGCAACGGGUAUCUGACGGGCGUAUCGUCCAAAAGCCACGAAUCAUGACCUUUAUUCCAAACACCAGCAACGUAAUGGGAACCAUGCCAGGAUAUUUGCAGGACAAGCAGUUUGGUGCUUUAGGUUGUAAAAUUGUGACAUCCUUCCCUAAUAAUGCUAAACUGGAAAAUCCUUUACCUUCAGUAAAUGCUAAUAUCAUGAUACUGGACGAAACAACUGGCAUUAUGAAAGCGGUAAUUGCUGGUACAGAAAUCACUACACAAAGGACUGCAGCUGCAUCUGCUGUUGCAACUAAGUACUUAUAUGUCAACCAAUCGAAGCCAUGUAUAGUACUGGCUGUUCUGGGAACUGGAGUCCAAGGAAAGAUCCAUGCUGAGAUGUUUAGGCAUUUUUUCCAUUUCCAGGAGGUUCGUCUCUGGAAUAGAACUAAAGAAACAGCCAGAUCGUUAGCAGAAGAGCUGAACAAGAAGUACAACACAGAUUCAUUCAAGUACUACGAAGACAAUGAGAGCUGUGUUAGAGGUGCUGAUGUUAUUGUUACUACAACCAAUUCACCCGUUGCCAUUGUUCGACUGAGCUGGCUCAAGCCAGGAGCGCACUUAAAUGCGGUAGGAGCCAACAGACAUCAUUUCAAUGAACUAGAUAAAGAAGUGUAUAGAAAUGGUGACCUCUUCGUCGACAGCGUAGAAACAUCACAAGCUGAAAUAGCUGGUUUGGAUAGUGUGGCAGACAACCUCAAAGGAGAAGUAGGUGCUGUUAUCAAUGGAACUUUAAAAAACAGUCCCAACGAUAGAAUUACUAUCUUCAACGGAAUCGGAAUGGCGGUGGAGGACUGUGCGGUAGCUAGAGUUGUAUACGACUUAUACACAGUAAAAAAAUAAGUCAUGAAGAAUUCAAUUAACCUAAUUGCACCUUUAUACAUCUUCGAUUUUAAAACCUCUGUACACAAACGUAUUUCUAUACGUUUAUUGCAACUUGCUUAUCCCGAACUCAGUCUAGAAAGUGAAAGAAGACGUAAUAAUGCAAAACCGUGCUGUAUCUUUUGCUUAAUAAAUAUGUUGCUGCCAACUUUUUUUAAUACUACUA